GCUUCUCCUCUCCGACGUACGUUAAGGGCGGAGGUGCGAAUAGUGACGAGUGCUGCGCGAUUAUCAUCGACGCGCUCGUGCCGACGACGACGACGACGACGGCGGCGACGUCGACGUCGUUACCCGCGGCCGCGCCGUCUGACGACGGUCGCGGGUAGGAGACCACGUUGUUCUCGUGCCACGCGUCUGUAAAUCGCAUGUAAACAUUCACGCAGUGAAUUCCCGGAGUGGCGAACGAGAAUUCGGAAGUGGUGAUAAUACAGAUCGUGGUGUCACGAGGGUGCCGUGCUCGUCCAUCGCGUGCUAUCAAAUUAUCGCCGUAACUUUGAUUGGUGACAGAAGCGGAUGUCGACUCUUGGUGAACAUCUCGCAGGAGAGAGUGGAUGACGGAGAGGAGUAGUGGUCAAUCUAGUGCUAGAUAUUGUAGGGAACUUUUCAUUACGUCUACAAACAGUCUACGUUCUAUCUGAUCUAUGAACGCUUCGAUGACACUCACAGGGAGGACGUAAAAGCGUGAAGAAGAAUCGUGACAAAUCGUGAAUACUCGACUCCAUCAAAGUGAGAAAUAACAGCAAAAAUUCAACAGAUAAAAACGGAGCAAGAGAAGUAGAUGAGUUCAUCUACCUCAAGUGGAAGAUGUUUAUGAGGAUGAUAGUGCUAGUAGUUCAGCCUACUUAAGCGACGUAUUUUAUAACUCUUCUAGCUUUUUUUUACAUAAUAUAGUGACAUUGAGCCGACAAUUUGCCUGAUUUAUCAAGUCUCCACGUGUCAUAGCGCGGCGUGUCAUCCACGUGAAUCCCGCGCUAUAUUUCGGAGUCUUGCCGUGAAUUCGCGACCGUCCACGUAAUUCCCGUCGGUCCAUCUCGAAUACCUCCAGCGCAAAAUGUCGCGUAUACGCUUAUCUUGUCAACGAUAGAGAGAAUCGGAGCGCCAGCGUAAGAGUGCCGACGGUAUGACGAACAUGCUGUAAAAGCUGUAAUCUCUAAAAAAAGAAAGAAUUAUACGAGUAUAAUCUCUUUACAAACCUAUGGAAGAAUCCAUAGACCUCAUUAUUGACUAUAUUAACAACCGCGCAUUGUAUUGUCUGAUAGAAACCGAUGCGUCACAAUUUUCAUGAUAAGUACUCUUUUCGAAGGAAACAAGCCGCUUGAUGUUUUCGGUUGGUAAUCGUCUUUAAAAAAACUAUCACGCAAAUUCUCGGUUGACGACAUUCUCCGAUCUACGAGACAGGGAGGACGCUUGAAUGUGUCCUUAGAAGAAGCCAACGAACAAACCGUGAUCGCGCUGAUUCGCGACCUCUCGCGGGUCAGGUUGAUCGUGUCACCAAGUUGUAAGGAACAGUCAACACGACGUUAACCUUCUAUAGUAUGGACCGGGGCGGCGGGCCCGGGGGGAGCCUCGAUCUCGCCGGAGGCGGCGGCGGUGGCGGCGGAGGCGGCGGCGGUGGCGGAAGCAAUACGGAUUUGUGUCUGCAGGACCUCGUGAUCGGACCUCCGAGCAGCCUCUCGGUGCAGCAUCAUCAGCACGCGGCAACCGCCUCGAUGGCCGGCCUGCACGGCGACCAUCUUCAGGGCACGAUGCACCACCAUGAUCUCCACGGUAAUUCGCAUCACGAUACCUCGAUGCUGCACAAUUCCAGCCACCAGCUGCACCAUGAGCCGCUGGAGAAACUUAAACGUGUCUGGGCGCAGGGUGACUUCGGGGACGAAACCAAUGGGGGCCUCGCGAGGCUCGACGCGGGUCAUGGCGCUCACACCCCCGGUGGUAGCAAUCCUAGUACACCGGGAGCGACCCCCACGACACCCUCCGGUGGAUAUUCCACCGGACAGCCGAGGAACCGUACGAACGCAACUCACAGGCAAGAUAUUCGAAAAGGUGUACGAACACCACCAGAAGUGAAACACGAAUUGGGUGCUGCUGGUGGCGUUGUUUCUCCUGGGGUAGUUGGAGUCAACGAUACCGACGAUAAGGAUGGGAAAAAGAACAAAAGGCAAAGGCGACAAAGGACACAUUUUACGCAACAUCAGCUUCAGAAUCUGGAGAUGACGUUUCUGAGAAACCGGUAUCCAGAUAUGUCAACCAGAGAAGAGAUAGCUUGCUGUACGAAUCUUACGGAAGCUCGUGUCAGGGUCUGGUUCAAGAACAGGCGGGCGAAAUGGCGGAAGAAAGAGCGUAACGCGAUGAACGCCGCUGCGCAGGCCGCAGCGGAUUUCAAGUCGGGCUUCAGUACAGCCAGUCUGAACGGCUUCAUCACCCAACCGUUCCCGGAUCCCGACACUCUCUACAGCUCAUAUAGCACGUACAACAACUGGGCGGCCAAAGUACCAUCGCCGUUGAGCGGCAAGAGCUUUCCCUGGAUGAACACUCUGGGCUCAGUUGUGCCUGCGGCAUCGCAUCAUCAUCAUCACGCUCAGGUCAGCCCAGUGAAUCCCUUUAACGCCGCAGCGACGUCGGUCGCAGGCAGCCACGUGGGUGGCAUGUCAGUUUCGGUCGGUCAAGCGGCCACGUCCAUGUUACCGGGCAUGGGUUCUGGUCUCGGUGUCGCGAGCUCGCCGGUCGCCGCGUCCGGCGCGGCGUGUCCGUACGCGGCGCCGGCGGCACCGCAUCAUCCAUAUGGACCGCCGGUUUACACGCCUCAUCAUCGAUCGCCCGAAUCCUGUACAGUGAUGACAUCGAGUAGCAUCGCGUCGCUACGAAUGAAGGCGAAACAGCAUAGCAGUGGUUAUGGCGGCGGUGGUGGCGGGUCAUUCGGCGCAGGCGGUACCACGGGCGGUACCACAGCCGGAAGUAUAAGUCCCGUAAGUUCGAGAGCGUCCGCCGCCUCGCCGACGCUAUCGUCGACGCCCUCGUCGACGACCUCGCAUCCGCAUUAUCUUAUGUAUGAUGAGGACGGGGCUGCGGCGGACCAAAAGAUGGAAGUGGACGAGCGAGGUGUUAUCGAGGCGAGUAGCAUGGUGAAUCCCGAACAAGUGGUAGCUUGUACCACUGCCGGUGGUAUUGGUGUGGGAGUCGGUGUAGGGGGACCGGGUACGGCCACUGGAACUGGUACAGGAUUGACUGGUUAUUGGCAACACGCGACUACCGCCACCGGCUACUGGCCAUCGUUGUUCGACUGUUGGACGACGCCACCGAUCGCAUCCGGUUCACAGACGCUGUCUUUGCCGCGGGAUGACGAUUGAGGCCAGUAGAAUUUUAUCGACUACUCAUGCGUUGGCGCUGUCCUGCUUCUCCCAAUUUGUCGCGAAAUCUCGUUUUGUUUCAUUAAAUAUUGAAUGUUUGAUUUCAACGAAAAUGACUCAGAGAUAUAUCACAUUUAUAUUUCCGCCGAAAAACGCAAAAACGAUUUCAUUGUAGUUAAUUAAAAAUAUAUAAUAAUGACUUCUUCACAUGCCUUUAUAAAAUUCAUAAGUAUCGAAUGCGAAGUCACUUAUUAAUUAAUACUUGAUUGAAAUUGAACGAUGCGAUGCAAAUUUCAUUACAGCAUUAGAAAUAUUUUAUUUGCGAAUCUUAAAUUUCUCUGACAGCUAAUAAUCUUCAAUUUCGAGAUCUUCGUGAAAAUUGAGAGUAAAGCAAAAGGGUAAAGAACCAGUGUCUAUCAUGAUAGAAGAAUUGACAGAACAUACAGUUGAAAAUAUUUGGUUACGUUGUAAAUACAAGUAUUAUGCGAGUAAUCGGCUAUGUUGAAUGCGAUCGGCAAACUACGAGGCUAGUCGGUGAACUCACAUAUUCCUCAAGACAGAUAAAAGUUAAUGGAGUACAAAUGUUAAACUUCCGCCGCGAUGAAAAGUAUAUUUAAUCCCCCUUCCUUAUUUUCAUUUUAGUAUUUUUAAUUAAACACGAUAUAUUUAUUAUUCGAAUACGAUACUAAAUAUACAUUGCGAUGAAGCAACAAAAUAGUAUAAUUACGCUGAAAAAAAAAAACGAGAAGAAGCUUUCUCUAAGAGAAUCAUAUAGCGUAAAUUAAUGCUAAUUACGCUGCAUGCUUUAAUAAUUUUUUUUCAUAUGUAAAAUGUGAGGGACGGGGAUUAAUUUUUAAGAACAACGGCGCUAACAAAGAUCUCUCGCGGAUCACGUACUCACUAUUUUGUAGAUAUAUGUAUAGUAGAACGCCGGCUCUUUAUGCCGAGCGUAACUGUAUACCAAAAAAUUGUUACAUUGUAAUGACGAUAAUAACGAUUAUUCAGCAGAAUACUAAAAUAUUAUAGGCUGUAAGUAAGCGGAUUGUGCGUUGUACAGUGUAUGGAGCAAGGAGCAUCCUAUCGAUUAGGCGUACGUUAUAAAUCUGAAUUAGUAUUGUCGAAUAAUUACUAAAACAAUAUUCACAGUAUCCUCGCGCGGCGCGUGCAAUUGGAUUUUUCAAGUCCGUCGAUUCCUCUUCCUCUUCGUACUCUCAUCGUUCCAACGACAGUGUUUAACUUAUACGUAUAUACCCUUGAUUGUGUAACUAGAGAGGCGUUAACGUGAUCAACGAAAAUGUCCUAUUUUUAUAAGUAGCUUAUUAUUUGAUAGACCACGCGUUGUGAGGCAACAAAACCAAAGUUAAACCCAAAAAAUAUCACGUAUGUAUAGUAAUUAUGCCGCGCGUUGAAGCCACAGAGAUAAUUGUAUAAAUUAUUACACAUAACGGGGGAGUGUGGUGGUGCGUCGGGAGAUUUUGACGGGAUGAAACGACGACGAGACACGGCGCGAAUCGAUCGGCUUCGGAAAAGUCGACAUGCGAGCGGCCGAUCGCUAUAAAGCUCGAGGUAUAGUCACGUAAGAUAGGCGUAAGAAACGACCGCUAUUUUGUAUGAAUCCCAAUGUCGUACAAAUGUUCGUCGUAAUCACAUAUCCCAGUCCCUGCGGUGAGUGAUUCGUAACGUCACGCAGAAUGUUCUUCAUUCCCGUUUGUCACCUCACUCGCUACGUGUAAACGUUCCUACUGGGCGAUAUUGAGCGCCGUAAAAGGCCCCGUUUGUAAUCUAGUCACAAUA